GUUUUGAGGGGGGGCAGAUGCCUUUGUUUCGGCGGCUUCCAAAGUUUGUGGGGAGACAGCUGGGCCCGGGACAUCAAAAGAAGUACAGACUGUCUCCUUUUCAGCUGCUUCCGCUGCAUAAGCUCAAUGCAUGCAAAGAAGGAGACACUGUUUGCUGGGAGACGCUGCAGCAGAAAGGAGUCUUCUUAGGAAAAUAUAAAAGAGAUUGCCCCGUCAAGGCAAGCAAUGAUGCUCGUGCUGCUGCUGCUGCUGCUGCUGCUGCUGCUGUUGCUGCUGUUGUGGUGGUGGUUGUGGGGCCGCCGCUGAGCCGCAAGCGACUGGCGCCCUAUGGAGACGGAGAGUUAAGAGUAAGGGGGCUUCAAGUCAAGGCGCAUGCGUUUACUCGUGCAGCAGCUCGCGCUAUUAUUCGUUUGGGGGGUCGCUGCCUCGUGCUGCAGCCGAAGACACACGACAGAGUUGUAGCAGAGUUUAAUCCAGAUUACCCCACAACAAACAAUCUUGCUGCUGCUGCUGCUGCUGGUGAUCUUCCUGCUGCUGCUGAUCCUGCUGCUACUGCUGGGGUUCCUGCUGCUGCAGCGGGUACAGCAGCAGCAGAGACAGCAGCAGAAGCGGGAGAAGGAGCAGUGCCUGCGGAUGCCGCUGCGUCUACUGCUGCUGUUGUUGCUGCUACGACUGCUGCUGAUACAGCAGCAGCAGCAGCAGCAACAGCAGCAGCAGGAGUAGGGAAUGAAGAGAAAGGAGACAAUGAAGCUCAGGUGUAUAGACUGCAACGUGCUGCAGGUCUGUCUCUCACUCAGAUCCUUUGGCUUCAAAGGCGCGCGGUGUAUCUGCAGCUGCAGCGGAUGCAGCAGCGGCUGGCUGAGUGCAGCAGCAAAUUGCUGCGUAGCCCCCACAAGAAGAAGUACGAAAGGAGACAGCAGAAUCUGGAAGCAAGAGUCUCUAAACUGCAGCAGACUCUCGCUCAAGUUAAAGAAGACAUUCAGAAAGCCACAGCAACCAAACUCAUACCCUCAGACCCACCGCAGCAGCAGCAGCAGCAGCAGCAGCAGGAGCAGCAGGAGUGGGAUCCCCCUUUGCCUGUUUUAAGUCGGAUCCCACGCCGCAUUGUGCAUGCAGGGAGACUGCCUAAGAAGCAGCAAAACUUUCUACGGUGGUCGCGGUAUAUCGCAAGGCAGUCAGAAGAGACAGCCACAGACAAACCAGAGAGCUGA